UCCUGAGAUGGCUCCAUGGCAUCACAUUGAACAACGGAGAACUACAAACUUCAUAAAUACUCCCUCUGUUGGUCGUGGGAGAUUCAGGAAAACGGAAGCAAAUGACUACUGUUCUUUUCAUUAAGUUACUUCAUUGCUUAAGUCACUGUGGAGGGGGAGCAAGGAUAUGGGGCAAGAACUUGAGUUUAUAACUGUUGGAGCUAACGUUAGCACUAACAUUAGUUAUCGCUAGUUAGCUGCGUCAGACCACAAUCUCCCUUUUUUUACGGAUAGAGCUAGUUCGCUAACCACCCAUCUGGACAGUUUUCAUACAGAGCAACGGAAUCAUAAUGGCUUUAAUUUUGUUUACGAGAUCUCGGGCUCCAUUAAUGAAAACGUCGAGGUCCUUAAAAAACGAAUUCAGAAAAGGGAAGUUCACAGAAGGUGCCUGUAUUAACUGCACAUCUCUUCGGCUAUCCUCUCACAGUCCCGAUGUCCUCCGAGGUGGCCCCGCGUCUCUGGCCCCGUCCUGCAGCCCCGACCCUUUCUCCGCGUGGAUGUCGACGCGCGACAGCUACUCCCAGCGCUCGCAGCGCCUCUACUGUGCCGUCCUCGUCUCCCCCGACCCUCCGCCGCCGCUGCCGCUGCACGGGGCGUCGUGCGUCCGCUCGCGGCUCGCGCACACACACGGGCGCCACCUGCCCGUGCGGUGGGUGCACACGAGCGCGCGCCGGCGCGACGACUCCAAAGUCGAGCGCUCGCUCAAGUCGCUGAAGGACAAGAACAAGAAGCUGGAGGAGGGCGGGCCGGUCUACUCGCCCACGGUGGAGGCGGCCAUCCAGCGGCGGUCGCUGGGGCAACGGGUGCUCGACGAGGUCAAGCACUACUACCACGGCUUCCGGCUGUUGUGGAUCGACACGACGAUCGCCGGACGCAUGUUGUGGAGGGUGCUGAACGGACACGGGCUCUCCCGGCGAGAGCGGAGACAGUUCCUGCGGACGUGUGCAGAUGUGUUCCGACUCCUCCCCUUCCUGGUGUUCAUCAUCGUUCCCUUCAUGGAGUUCCUGCUGCCUGUGGCGCUCAAGCUCUUCCCCAACAUGCUGCCGUCCACCUUUGAGACACAGUCCAAGAAGGAGGAGCGGUUAAAGAAAGAGCUGCGAGUGAAGUUGGAGAUGGCCAAGUUCUUGCAGGACACCGUAGAGGAGAUCGCCCUCCGCAACAAAGCAUCCAAAGGCAACGUCACCGAGGAGUUCUCCACAUUCUUCCAGAAGAUCCGUGACUCUGGCGAGCGGCCCAGUAACGAGCAGAUCAUCCGCUUCUCGAAGCUGUUUGAGGACGAGCUGACGCUGGACAACCUGACGCGGCCCCAGCUGGUGGCGCUCUGCCGUCUACUGGAGCUGCAGUCCAUCGGCACCAACAACUUCCUGCGCUUCCAGCUCAUCAUGAAGCUCCGCGCCAUACGCACCGACGACAAGCUGAUUGCAGAGGAGGGAGUGGACAGUCUGAACGUGAAUGAAGUGCAGGCUGCGUGUCGUGUCAGAGGAAUGAGGGCACUGGGAGUGACGGAGGAUCGCCUGAGAGAACAACUCCAACAGUGGCUGGAGCUACACCUGGAUCAGCAGAUCCCCACAUCUCUACUGCUGCUUUCUAGAGCCAUGUUCCUGCCGGACACACUCUCACCUGCAGACCAACUCAAGACCACACUACAGAACCUGCCAGAGAUAGUGGCAAAGGAGGCCCAGGUAAAGGUGGCGGAGCUGGACUUCUCCAAAGUGGACAACAAGACCAAGCUGGAGACCACGCUGCAGGAGGAGCGGGCCAUCCGCCAGGAGAACCGCGAGAGGGAGAUGGAGAGGCUGGCCGACGCCGCAGAGAAAGCCGCACGGGAGGGUGAACUGGAAGCAGAGGUUGCUAGGCGACAGCAGUUGGAGGUGGAGCAUGCUCUAUCCAGCGUUGAUCAAGCCAUCCACUCAGAAACACUCAAAGACACGGCACCCGCACUGGAGGGCAUCAAGUUUGAACAGUGGCAGAAGUAUCUGCGCAUUCAGGGAGAGGAGAUCACUAAGGAGGAGAUUGACAUGCUGAGCGAUGCCUGCACCAAACUCAAGGAGCAGAAGAAGCUGCUGACCAAAGAGAAGGAAGAGCUGGAGGACCUCAAGGAGGACGUAGAGGAGUACAACGAGGACCUUGAGGAGAUCCGUAAGGAGCUGUCCAAGACGGGUCAGGAGCGCGUGGUGGAGGAGUCCAAAGCCAGCCAGCGACUCGCCAAGCGGGUCAACCGCAUGAUCGGCCGCAUCGGCAAGAUCAUCGGCGAGCUGGAGAAGGACAAGGUGGUGCUGGACAACCAGAUGGACAGUGGGACCAUCCCCCCUAUUGGAUUAUUCUUUGGUCGGUCUGGAGGCUCUCAGAGGGAGAACCUGAUCAGCAUCGCGGAGCUCAUCGCCAUCAUGCGUCAGAUACAGAACAUUCCGGAGCAGAAGCUGCUGAGAAUCGCCGACGCACUUGACGAGAACAAGGACGGAAAGAUCGACAUUGAUGAUGUCAUCAAGGUGGUGGAGCUGAUCGAUAAGGAGGACAUCGACAUCUCCACGGAUCAGGUGGCUGAGAUCAUGGUCAUGCUGCAGAAGGAGGAGCAGCUGGUGAAGCGCGAGAAGGCCAAGGAGAAGGCGGAGAAGGAGGCCGCCGAGCUGCAGAACUGAGGCUGGCCGCCCCGGUGAGCUCCGAUGCAGGGAGAGGACCGCUGCAGACCCCCCCCCCCCUCCCGCCCCCUCAGCCAUCACCACCAUCUUUCUCGUAAACCACCAUCCUGAUCAGGCCCACCACCUCGACAGCAAACGUCACCGCCGUCAAGCACAGCCACCACCACUGGGUCUGAAUGGAUGCAUUCUUUCUGAUCUUGUUUGUAAACUAGAACUAGACUAAAGAGUCAGAGAGAAAGAGAGAGAGAGAGAGAAAAGUUAUUUGAAGUAACAGGAAUGACCUGUGUUUUUCUUUUGCUUCAUAGUGUUUGAGACUUAAAUUCUCCCUGGAAGUAAAAAAAAAAAAGAAAGAAACUUAACAAAUAAAUGCACAAAUUAGGAACAGAACUUUGUUCUUCUACGCCAGAAUAGGCUCUUUUGCAAUUGUGUUUAAUUGAAAAAAGAUUUGAUUAUUUAUUGUAACUAAAAGUUAAUUUAAUUUUAAUUUUGUUUUGUUUCUACUCUGAUAUGCACCUUUGCUAACUAGAACAACACAACCAAACAAAAAAAAUGACUUACAAUCAUUUAAUUCAAAGAUAAUUACAAUGAUUUCUUCUGGACUUGGGACUCUAUGAUGAGUCUUGAAUAACCUUAAAUAACCAACCAUUUUCCCCGAUGCGAGGAGAGGAGAGGAAAGAUGGAGACCAUCUCUUCUGCACUUUUGCACAGAAAUCACACCAUCAUUCAUCAUUCCACUCUCCUCUGUUCAUUUUACUGUUCUCCAUGUUUCGUUUUUAGUUAUCUGUUCUUAUUUCUGGGUCAUUAACUGAUCAUAACACCAGGCACCAUUCUUGAAUGUACAGUGAACGUUGAGGGGGACAGCAUACCGACGUAUGCUACAAGUGUUAAUCAAACAACCAAAGAGAUAAGAGGUUUUUGUAAGUUUUUGUGUGAUAUAUAAAAAUUACGCACAGAUGGCAGAGUCUCGAUUAUGCCAAAGUGGAGAAAGAGACUGUUCGGCUACGCGACUGAAGAGGAGACUAGCGAAGCUUUAGCUGUAGACCGUUACUGACUGACUGACUGACUGACUGACUGACUGACUGACUGACUGGCUGUCAGACUGACUUGUUGAUUGAUUUGGUUCAUCAAAUCAAUUCAUUAAAAAAAAAAUAAUAAUAAUAAUAAAAAAAAAUACCUGAGGCUUGUUACCUCUGAGCUUUUAACAUGUGUUGGUUUUGGCCAAUGUGUAUGAUGAGGCCUUUAAUAGAACUGCAGACGUAGACAUGUACCCACAUCCACAUGCAGUCUCUCUCUUACACACAGACACACACAUACUGUAUGUGCACACACAUGCAGUCUCUCUAACACAGAGACACACACAUAUGUGUACACACAGAUACAGUCUCUCUCUAACACAGAGACACACAUAUAUGUACACAAACACACACACACACACACUCACUCAAGUGGUAUUUGGAUCGGAGUGAAGUAAGUUAUACAUAAACCCAUGCCGCUCUUAGACGAGUCUUGCUUGCACUUACACUCUCUCUUCCUCUUUCGUACUCUAUCUCAAUCUUUCACACACACACACACACACACACAUACACACAGUGACCUUCCUUUGAACCAUUGCAGACCGCAGAGACGCCUAGUUUAAGGGUUUGGGUGGAUUUCAACUGAACACACCCCUGUGUGGCUACCAGGAAAGGGUGUGUGUGUGUGUGUACUCAUGCACUCCAAGCAAGCGCCUUGGAUGAACGAGGUGUGCAGGGACGAUAUCAACUUUAAGCCGUCCCUGGAAUCUCAGUGUUUUGACGUUCAGGACAGAGAGUUUGUGUAGGACUCAGAGUGUGUGUGUGUGUUUGUGUCUGUGUGUGUGUGUAUAUAUGUGUGUUUCUGUCCUGGCCCAGACGGGUAAGGGUAGGCUGGGUACAGUCAGCUUGAUGGCAGAGUAAACAGUGGCCCUGCUUGCAGACAGACACACACACACACACACAUACGUGCUAGUGUGUGUGUGUUUGGAGUGUGAACUCAGUGGUUCAGAGGCACAGGGUACAGGAGUCUCAGCAUACAUCAUCUCCAACAUUAAACAUGCCAGCAGGAGACUCCACUCUGCCCCUGACCAGAACCCUACACACACUGUCCCCGAACUGACACCGCGUCUGCUCUCUGUUAGAGUGUGUGUGUGUGUGUGUGUGAGAAUGAGAGAGAGAGAGAGUGUGUGUGAGAGGGGCAGACAGAGAGAGCGAGGGACGUGAGAGUAUUUGAAGAAGUGCAUAAAAAGAAAGACUUUUUGAUGGAGAGAAAAAAGAAAGAAAUGCUAAUGUACGCGUGAUCGGUACUGCCAUGUACUGUAGGCCUUCUUCACCUGCCAUGCAAUAAUGAGUUGCUCUGUAUCCUGGUGUCUGCACUGGCAAGGCUUGACUGACGCAGCAGCACUCGUUCUUAUUGUCUAAUUGCACUAGAGUCUUGUAGAGCUUUGCUGAGGAAAUCUUGAUGUUGACUCAGGUAAUUACUGUAAAACCCUGAAGGGUAGCUUAGGUGGUGUUGGAGGGAAGUGGGGUGGGGUGGGGUGGGGUGGGAGCCGGGCGGGGGUUGCAUUCAAAUGUAAAGAGGCGAAGGCAAAGAAGACAACAUCUUUGUGUACAGUUCCUCACAGGCAAAUAUCUCACAAAAGCACAUCAAUUGUGCAUGGGUUUGAUCGAUCGACCCAUCAAUUGACAGGUGUGUCAUUGAAACAGCUCCAUGCGUUCCUGCUAAAGUGCUAUCCAGACCACUUAAGGUUCCUUCUUAAGGAACCUGACCUCCAAAUUUCCUUUAGGGAAGAGGCCAUUUAUUAGCAAGGUGUUAAGGCAGGUCCCUCUAACUCGGUAUGUUUCAGAGCAGUGUGGAAUGCCUACUCCAUCAACUGCUUUGGAUGACGGACAGUCAAGAAAGCACUGCAUGCACAGAUAGUCAGACAGACAGCGUCUCUUCAGUGCUGUGCCAUGGAGACUCUGAGAAAAGUGAUUUAUAAAUAGUCCCGACAAAAUUCAGCCUUAGUGGCUGGCUUUGUAUCUGCAGCAAUAACACUUGUAUUCAGAAGAAUCCAUUUACUAAGAGGUAGUGUGUGAGUGAGUACUCAGUGUAUGUACUCAGAUCCAACAGUUGAAGUGUGAAGUGGCUUUUAUUUCCCUCUCCAGUGUAAGGUGUCGAGCAAGAAUACCUCAGGUUGGGUAUACAGGUAACCCGAUGGUGCUAUGAAAUGCAUUUCAGGUUGCUUGUCUCUAUUGACAAGCUUUGGAAACUUAAUCAUCUCACCUGUUGUGCAAUUCAGAUGCAGCUUGCUUUCAGCAGGUGUAAGGGACUGUUUAGGAGCGAGAAUGUGUUAACUUUGAUGUUCACUUGACAAUAUUGUCAGUUUGGUGCAUAUGGGAUUGUGUGUGUGUGUGUGUGUGUGUGUGUGUGUGUGUGUGAGAGAGGGAGAGAGGAUGCACACUUACACGACUCCAGCUCAGAUUUCAGGACAGCCUAGUGGCACAUCAUUCAGCUAAUGUUUGUCCAUUGUUUCUGUACUCAAUGACUCCUUUAGCAGCUUCUUGUGUAAAUGCACUAAUGGGAGAGAGUGUUUGUGUGUGUGCAUGUGUGUGUGUGUGUGUGUGUGUGUGUGUGUGUGUGUGUGUGUGUGUGUUUGGGGGAAUCUGUAGGGCUUGUUGCAGCUGUAAAGACGCACCCUUGGCCAGCUAAGGCCAAAGAGACUGUCCAGCUAUGGCCAUGUGUAUAAACUGAGUAUUAACUGUUCUUAUUAAGAAGACAUUUAUGCCGUUUUUAAAUCUACGCUGUCAAUAUUCCUGAAAACAAAACAAACAAAAAAAACAAUGUAAUAUGUAUUUAUUUAUUUAAUUAUUCUGACGGCAAGUUUCGAUGCGAAGGGGAAAGGCCGCAGCUGAGUACUUAUUCAUAGCUAUAAGAUAAUUUUGACAAAUGAAAUGACGGUAGAUGUUUACUUGAAUCAGUAGAGAUGUAAAGAUAUGCAAGCUUUUCAUUUUUUUUGCAAUGAAUACUAUUUUUUUUCUUGUAAAUAUUGCACUCAUCUAAAAUACAACUAAAGGAGAUGGGAGAUGUUCAAUAAAAUUGGAUCUUUGUGUGAUGUACAUGAA